AUGGCCUCUAUCGAUUUAAAGGACGGUUAUUUUCAUAUAUUAAUAGCAAAGGAACAUCGAAAAUUUUUGAGAUUUGAGUUUAAUGAACUUUUAGAAUCGCUCGGGUUUAUUGUCAAUAAAGAGAAAUCGUGUCUAACUCCUUCAAAAACUUGCGAAUACUUGGGUUUUAUAUGGAAUAGUAAUAAUUUAACUGUCAAACUUCCCGAUAGGAAAAAAGAAAAGAUUUUAAAAUUGACACAAGACUUUCGUAAAAAAUCAAAAUGUAGUAUUAGAGCUUUUGCGCAAUGCAUAGGAGUUUUAGUCGCGGCAUGCCCAGGUGUUCGAUACGGCUGGUUAUACACUAAACAAAUGGAAAGAGCAAAGUUUCUUGCUUUAGAAAUAGCAAACGGAAAUUUUGAGGCUUCAGUGCAUUUGUCAAGCAAGGUAAAAUCGGAAAUAGACUGGUGGAUAAGUAAAAUUUCAGGGUCCUUUAAUUUAAUUAGAGAUUCCAAAUUUCAACUAGAAAUAUUCUCGGAUGCGUCGCUAACUGGGUGGGGUGCAUGUUGCGGAGCACAAAAAACCCAUGGUUGGUGGGACGUAGAAGACCGAAACCAAAGCAUAAAUUACCUGGAACUAAAAGCUGCUUUCUAUUCGCUUAAGAGUCUCGCCUCAGAUCAUAGUUCUUGUCAAAUUUUGAUGCGCAUUGAUAACACUACAGCGAUAUCCUAUAUUAAUAGAAUGGGUGGGGUACAAUUUUCUAAUCUUCAAGACAUCACGAAACAAAUUUGGCAAUGGUGCGAAAAGAGGGACAUUUGGAUCUUUGCCUCAUACAUUAAAUCAAAAGAUAAUGUAGUUGCGGACAAAGAAUCUCGAGUUCUCCCUCCAGAAACGGAGUGGGAAUUAAACCAUAGUGAGUUUAGAAAAAUUGUAGAUAAAUUCGGAGUAUUUGAAAUUGAUUUAUUUGCAACCUGUUCUAAUAAUAAAUGUCCUAAAUUCGUUUCCUGGUUUCCCGAUCCGGAAUCAGUAGCUAUUGAUGCGAUGACCAUACCCUGGGGAAAUACUUAUUUUUAUGCAUUUCCCCCAUUUUCUUUAAUUUUAAGAGUCAUAAAAAAGAUUAUUGAGGACAGAGCUGAAGGUGUUUUAGUGGUUCCUUUUUGGCCCACACAAGAAAAUUCACCCGAUGGCAGAGAAUCUUAUCCUGGUGGCCGGGAAAUUAUGCGGCAAGCAUUUUCUAGAAGAGGAAUUCCGGAAUCAGGAUUAGACAUUAUGCUUGCUUCACUGUCGGAAAACACGAUUAAACAAUAUGAAAAACCAUUACGUUUAUGGUGGGAGUAUUGUUUUAAAAAUAAGCUUUCAGUCUUCAAUGUAGAUUCAAAAGAGGUUUUACAAUUUUUCUCAGAAGUCUUUAAAGAUGUCGGAAGUUAUGGGACUCUUAAUUCAUAUAGGGCUGCUGUUUCCCUAAUUUUAUCAAUAGAUAUUGGAAAAGAUCCAUUAAUAAAGCGUUUUUUCAAAGGCGUAGCAAACUUGAAGCCACAGCGGGCUAGGUAUGACUUUAUAUGGGACCCUCAGAUUGUCAUUGAUUUUUUGAAAACUCAAUUUCCACAUGAUCAGCUUAAAUUAGAAGACUUAACCAAAAAAUUGUUAAUGUUAAUAGCCUUAGUUACCGCACAUCGAAUGCAAACAUUUGCUAAAAUCAGUAUUGAUAAUAUUAUAGUGUCGUCGGAAUUCAUUCAAAUUAAAGUUCCAGAAAGAGUUAAAACUUCAAAGAUUAAUAAGCUUCAACCGUGUCUUGUAUUACCGUUUUUUAAGGAACAACCCGAAUUAUGUGUUGCGUCGAUCUUGCAAAUGUAUAUAAAAAAGACUAAGGAUCUCAGGGGCUCAAACAAAAAUUUAUUUAUAACUUGUAGAAAACCGUUUAAACCAGCGACAACGCAAACUCUUGCAAGGUGGAUAAGGAGUACUUUGGAAAAAAGUGGAGUAGAUGUCUCCAUUUUUAAGUCCCACAGUACUAGACACGCAUCCACUUCCGCGGCUAAUCUAAGGGGAAUCGAUCUAGAGACUAUUCGCAAGACCGCAGGAUGGUCAGAAAAUUCAAGUGUCUUUGCCACUUUUUACAAGCGACCGAUUUCUGAUAAAGCGGCAUAUGCAAGAGCCCUAAUUCAAUCUUAA